UUCCAUCUUGGCUUUCUUCCUGUCUCUUGCUGGUCCAUGCAACAUCUGUAUUAUUUUCCUCCAGGUGUGGCUUCUAGUUCUUUGGGGGAAAGUUUUGCACUUAUUGGGCAUUUCAACAUCUGGAACUGUUGGGAGUUUGGUAUUGUUCUUUAUUGAUCAGGUCAAAUCAGAAAUGCCACAUACCCCUCGCCAACGCUUGCAGCCUCGAGCCCCAGUGUGGUCAGAGAUGGAAACGCGGGAUUUCCUUGCCCUCUGGGGUGAAUUGCUGAUUCUAAGGUGGAUUGAGAACCGACCACCAAACAGCGACAUCUAUGAGGACCUUUCAGCCCAAAUGAUCGCCAGGGGUCACGAGCGUAAUGCGUCACAGUGCAGGAACAGGGCCCGGGAUCUGAAGCGAAGUUAUCGUAGAGCCAAGGAUGCGCAAGUAUGCGCCGGAGCUGAGCCAGUUUCCUGCCGCUAUUUUCAAGAGUUGGAUCAAAUGUUUGGCGGUGAAAUGGACGGUGUCGCUAAUCGAAGUCUGGCCAACAUGGAUGGAGCCAUCCGGGUUGUCGUGAAAACCGAGGACACGGGAGACAUGGAGGCCCAAGUCUCUGAGGAAGAGGGCAACCAAAUGACCCCACCCAACACUCUCUCAAGCAUGGAUGCUGACACAGAUACUGAAACCGAACCGAAUUUGGGGCUCUCGCGAGAGUUUGUGGCUGCUGACCCAGAAGUGAUUGAAACUACAAUAGGGGAAGAAGGUUCAGAAGACAAAACUGUGCCUUUAUGUGGACAAGGAGUUGCUGGCCCCAGUGAAGAUGGACACCAUCCUAUUACUGGCAGAGGGAGACGCGAGAACCCCUUGGGACGUCCCCUGACGACAGCAGAGAGAAUGGCAUCCAUGCGGGAGAGGAAGAGGCGUUCCCACGAAGAAAUGAUGCACGAGAUCAUGACGGACUACCGGAGGACCUGGGAGACCAUGGAGGCGCUUCACAAGAGGGGCGAGAUUAGCGCAGGAGAGUUUCGAGAGGCGAUGCUGAGGGAGAUGCUGCUAGACAGGGAGGCCCGGACGCGGGAAGCCCAGCUCGAUCGAGAAUCCCGGGCGAGGGAGGCCCAGCUGGAUAGAGAGGCAAGGGCCAGGGACAACCACCUGGAGAGGGAGAUUAGGAUUAAGGAGCUCAACAUGAUUGAGGCGGAGCUCCAACGCACCAGGGAUAUCCUUCAUCCUAUGGUCGACGCUGUGGUGUCUGUGGCAGAGGUCUUGCGUACAACAGGCAGAAUAUCACAGAAGCCUGGCCGGCAGCAACCAGGUGGAGGGGACACCUUUUUGGAAUUGGAAAAUAGUGAAUAAUCUCCACCUUUUGGGGGGGAUAAUAGUAUAGUUACUGUGUCAGACCAAAAUGAGUGGUGUUGAGGAGGGUCUUCAGUAGUGCAAAACACUACAUUAAGUUAGUCUUUACUGGAGGAAGCUUUCUUCUAUCUGAUAACAAACUCAGAUGCAUUUGUCUGCCUUUCGCUGCCCCACACUCUCCGGCUCUAUGAGUUAGAGAAAUAAAAUUACUCUAUUUGUGUUAAAAACAGGGCCUAGAAAGAACAUGAGCUUCCAAUCUUCACUUUUUCUACACCCAAACUAAGUGUCUCGGGUCUGUCCAGAGGCCAUU